GACAGAGAAGGGGAGGAAAAAAAUGUAGCUUGGACAUUCCCAGGCUGGGAAACAUAACGGAGAGUGAGAGGGGAAGAGAGGAGGACUGUUUUCAUGCGCUGAAAUCUUACAUAAAGAAAAGGGGGAAAGUCGCUUUAAGGAGCUAAUGGAGGCUGUUUGAUAAGAAGAGGAGAAAGUUUUUGCGGAGAAUGCUUAGAGGAAGCAGGAAAGGAGCUGAGGACUAUGUAGGAAUUCCUGACUGAAGUCAUGGGUUCGGAGGCAAUGGAGGAUUGUGUGCAGGGGGCGCUCUCGUCGCUUUAUCCUCCUUUUGAGAGCACGGCGCCACCCCUCCUCUCCCAGGUCUUUUCAGUCCUGGAGUCAACCUAUCAACACGACAGUCUUCGCUACCUCCUGGACUACUUCGUUCCUGCCAAGCACCUCCUGCACAAACUGCAGCAGCACGCCUGCUCUCAGUACCUGGGCUGCCUAUUCCUUCACUCCGGUUGGCCACUGUGUUUAGGCGAAAAAGUGGUCGUACAGCUCUCCACCCUCGACUGGAGGAUUCUGCGCAGUAAUGACUUUUACCUGCAGGUGGUGCCCUUCUCUACGCGCUGCCCUCGGCUUGCCCUAAAAUGUCUAGCCCCUGGGGGGCGUACCGUUCAGGAAAUCUUGGUACCCGAGUCACAGCACCCUCUUGUGUUCACCACUGAGUGGCUGCACUGCAUCAACAAAGAACGUGGCCACAAGAGAGAAGUUGGAGGUGGACUUGACACCUGCCUGGUCAGUACAUGUGAUGGUGUGGUCCGACUUCCUUGGAAGGAGGUCGUCUACCCAAAGUUCAUCCACGACCCUUCUGAGGAGCUGGGCCUGAUGUCAGGCCACGAGGGCUCUGACCGCCUCCCCAGCGAGGGGGGCAGCAGCCUCGGGGGCUGGGGUGGCUCAUCCUCCGGAGAACUGGACUCUUGGUCCUGGGAUGAGGAGGAAGAUGAUGGUUUACCACCAGACGGCUUGGACUCUGAGCCUGGGCUUUCCCGGCGAAGGCGUAGUGAGGAUGGGCUUGGGCGGACGGCAAGGCACCCUCAGCUGGACGGGGACUACGUGGAGCUGUUGGAGCCCAGAUUGGGGCCUGAUGGGGGGGUUGACACAAGGCAGAGGUACCUGGAGAUGCAUGGGAUUUGUAAGACCAAGACUUUGCCUCUGUGCAGGAGGAGUAAAGCCAUCAAACUCCGGAAGGGGAAAGCUUGGGGAUAUGGAAGACUGGAAGGGUCAGGAAGCUUUCGAGCUGUCCUUGGUGCCAAAAGAGACGUAGUUACCCCAAAAGGUGAUAUUUUACCAGCUCAGCCUCAACAAGAAGUCAGUGAAUCUGGCAGAGGGAGGCGGUCUUACUCCUCCUCUGUCCACGACUCUGAUGAAGGAGAUAAAACAAGCAGAGACUCUGAGGGCCUGGAGAGCCACCGGCUUUAUUUUGAUGGCGCGUUCAAAGAGAGGAGGCCCGGCGUGGGCAAGGAGAGAGACAGUAACAGCCUCACGCAGGCAUGCAGAGACAGCCACAGAGGCAAAGACUCUGAGAGCAGCGACAGUUUGGUCGCAAAUGACUUAAUGAACCACAAAGUUGGACAUAUUAUAGAGGGCCAUUCCGAUCACGGGUCUCAUUCAGACUCUGUUUUUGAGGAUACAGAUAAACCACUGAGCGGAGACAGUGAUGCCACAACCCCAACAUCAGACGCACCAGAAGGACUAUUUACUGGAGUUUUAGAAAGAGGAGAAAUUACCAGCAGUGGAUCUAAAAUCAAGAACUCAUCCAAUCCAAAGGUGACAGCGGAAAGGGAUGACGGAAAGACUGAGGACAGAGUGUGUCCCAGAGGAAAGGAAGUUAAAACUGCAGGAUUUAGAGCACCAAGGAGGAAAAGGAAGGGAAAGGGGGCCAGAGGGAGGGCGAGGUCUGGUGGUCGUGCACACCAGAAGGGAUCAAAACAGCAGGGGAAAGGUGUUCAACCAAGUCCCACCACCUCCUCUGAUCUGAAAAAGCUGCCAAUCACAGAGGAGAACCAAUUGGAGCAGAGAAAACCCGCAGACGAACCUGAUGGAGUGCCACCUUCAACUAAUGAGGGGACAGAGGACACAAAGAAAAGCAGCACAGAGAAAGAAGCUGAAUCGUUGCCUGUCUGCAAUGGCCAAUCAGGCACAUCCUUACUUAACCACUCUAAUGAGGAGGCGGGGUCAGGAGAGACAUGUCCCGACCAACUCAAUGGUGUUACAUCCAGAGAGCCUCCCUUGCUGAGGGAACUGGACACCGAGCUUCUCCAGUCAGGGAAGCUAAAGUUGACAGGUACAGUGGACAGGCUGGGACGCGCUCUGGUUGUCACAGAGACGGAUGCAUCGGAGGAGGGCUUCUCUGAGGAGGAGCUGGCCCGGGUCUUGGCCUGUUACCACAGAAUCACUCGGCCUGCAGCCAAAGAAAAAGGUCUCACGGUGUUAAUGGACAGCAGACGCUCUCCACCCUCCACCCUCUUUCUCUCUGCGCUUAAAUUGUUCCAGGUGUUGGUUCCUGGCGGCCUUGGAUCUGUUCUGGUUUUGGUGGAGGAGCAGCAGGAGUCCCUUUCUUAUAAUGUGGAAGGAGCAGAGAUCCAUAUGGUGCGAGGAACAGGGAUCCUUCAGCAAUAUGUUGACAAGCAACAGCUGCUCAAAGAGAUGGAUGGAGACUUUACACACUGUCACUCAGACUGGCUCGCCUUCAGACUGAGCCUGGAGAGUCUCACAGAGCGUUGUGAAAGCGCCCUCGCACUCCUCGGAGAGGCACUGCAGUCAAUGGACACUGAGCCAAUGCCAGACAACAUCAAGGCUGUUCCUCUGAGCAUCGACAAACACAGGCAGCUCAUGGCGAGCGUCCUGGCCGACCAACGCUUAACCGAGCCACAGCAAAGGGGCGGGGCCUGGCUCGCAGGACUCACCAACAGCGCAUCUGGACUGGCACAGAAGUCACCAGACUGCAGGGCUGCUCUUGCUGCAACCUCUAAACUCUACGACAGCGUGGAUGACGCCCUCCACCGGCUCGUCCGAGUCUCCAACCAGAGAGGCCGUGACCUGGAGGCUCUGGGACGACUAGCGGGGCUGGUGGACAAACUGGAGAAGUGUGAUAAGGAGAUUGAGCAAGUCCAGUCACAGCUGGAAGACUACAAGGACCCGCCUCUGUCCCUCAGCAGACUCUCGCUCAAGCAGCAGAAAUUCAAGACAUUCAGAGAAACAGCCAAUGAUCUGCACAGCGAGACUCUGUCGGUGCUCAGUGAUUUGGAGGGAUGGUGCGAGAUGGACUGGGUGGGCCUGAGUGACGUCCAGAUCCGACUUCCUCCGGUCAGGGAGAAGCUGAGAGACAUGUCUCACUGUCUGUCUGACUGCUGGACCACCCUGGAUAACACACAGAGGCUGUUGUCCACACUGACUGAGGCCACCCAGUGGUGCGAGGUGGUGUCCUCCUCCUCCUCUUCUUCCCCAUCUUCGACCUGCCCUUUGGCGUCCCUCCCUCCCAUCCCCCCGUCUCGUUUCCAGGAUGCUCGCUCCUUAGCCAUAGAGCUGGGCGGCGGGGCUCUCUUGGAUCUCUGGACCCAGACCGUAGAGCGCUACCAGCGGACUGUAGCACAGGUUAAACCCCGCUUCCUUCAGCCGGAUAGAGCGCAGAAUCAGGGUCAGGGCAAGCCAAAGACGCCGUCCGCCAGCAGCCUUUGGGACCUGAUGGGUCCUGAGGGGGAGGGCGACUGGGGACUGGGAGCUGGAGGAAGUGAGGGCGGGCUGCAGUCUUGGGGGUCCCUGGCAUCGCUAUUCAGACCACAGACCUGCUCCACACUGAAGAUAGGAGAGGAGAAAGGGAAUAAGAAGGAGGGAGCAGGGGGCGGAGGGGCCGGCGGGGCUGGAGGAGGGAAGUUCCUGCAGAACCUUCUGAAUCCGGCAAAGAAAAGUCCCACAGAGGCCCCGCUCCCUCCCAAACCCCCCAGGAAGCGCCACCCUAGCUUUGACCUCCAGGCUCUCCUGGCUCCUCGCAGAAGCACGGCCACCCCAAAACCUGCUGAGUCACCAGUGGGCGGGGCGAGCCGCAACUCCCCGAUGUCCUGGCUGGGCAGACGGGCAGUAGCUGACCCAGUGAUUACCACUAGCAUGGCUGCAGCCAUCCCUGGAUGGGGCUCAGGGGGAGGUGGAGGAGGAGGAGGGGUGUUAAUCAGAGGGGUGGAGGUGAGCAGCAAGGAGGUGGUGGACCAUACAGGGUCGCCACGGCAACACGUGCUGCUCGGGAGGACUGAGAGGGAGACCGGGACAGAUAGAGCUGGAUCAACGGCGCAGAGUAAGCUGUACCUGCUCUGGUGUCGGAUGCUGAGCUCAGAGAGGCAGUAUGUGGCCGUCCUGAAGGGGGUAGAAGAGACAUACCUCCCCUUACUGGAGCUCUCGGACACCCCGGCCUCCAUCAGGGGGAAGGCAGACACCCUCUUCCCCAACUGGGCCAGCCUGAGCAGCUUUCACUCACAGAACCUGCUCCCUGCCAUGGAGGGCGCUCUUGUGCAGAGCUUGUUGCAACAGGACUGUUUCAGCAAAUAUCGGGAGCAGUUUUUGCAGUAUUCCCACUACAUCAGGAGCAAACCAGAACUGGACUCUCCGCUGGUCACACAAGCUGCCGACUUCUUUAAGUCCAAACUCCCCCCAGCCUCCCCCCUCUCCCCUCUCUCCUUCCCUCACUGUCUCCAGGCUCCCACUCAGAGACUGGAGCAAUACUGCGAGGCUCUGGAGGAGCUGGGAGGGAUAAACCCAGCCUCUGACUCCGCCCUCUCCAUCCUGAGACACGCCCAGCGGCACGGCGAGGACCUCCGGGCCAGUGACCUCAUCGUCGGAUGUCCGAUCCCGGUGGCAGAGCGCGGCGAGCUGGUGCGGCACGGCGAGCUGACGGUGUGCGGGGGGAAUCGGAGGAAGCGGGCGGGCGUGAGGAACAUUUUCCUCUACCAGCAUGUUGUCAUCUUCACUAAACAGAAGAGCCCCGGCCCGGGACGCACCUCUUACAGCUACAAACACAGCAUCAAGACGGGUGAGAUGGGUCUGACUCAAAACGUGGGUGUGGAAGGAGUGAAGUUUGAAGUUUGGGUGCGACAGGCUCCUCGAACCAAAGACUGCAUCACGCUGCAAGCGAAGGACAGGGAGGACAAGGCGGCCUGGACUCAUGACAUUGCCCAUCUGCUGUGGACGCACGCCAUCAACAACACAGAGUUGUGUCUGAAGGAGUCACUCUGCAUGGGGAUUUCCAGUAAGCUGCUGCUGGAUGCAUCAGGAACUCCGUGCUCAGAGCUGGACUCCAUCUACAGUCUUAAUGACAGAGUCCACAGUAGCUGCUCAGACUCCUCCUCUGUCGGCAGCCAGAAGGAGGGGGGAUCCCCGGCGUCUGGGAGGGACCCCAGGAGAAGCUCGGGAUCAACAAGUUACUCACAGAGUCAGUCUCCCUCCACAGCUGUGUAACUGUCAUCUCAAUAAGAAAACUGGAUACUGGAUUGUUUGAAGACUUAAACAUCUCAUCUACUCCACCUCUGGGCAAGCCAAACUGGACUUCGAGGAGCAAAAACUCAAAAGAGAAACCCUCGGACUCUAUUUGAACUUCUCCCACAUGCUUGCUCUCCUUCCCUUUCCCCCCUUUCGCCUCAUUAAAACAAAUAAAAUGCCAGCAGAUUAGCCGGAGCAGCACUACUGCACUGCUUUCCCCACGUUUCAAACCUCCCAGCUCUGAUAUGAACCCCUGAAGGAAAGCUGCCUCCAAAAAAGGAUCAAAACUGCCCUGUUUAAACCAUGACAAGCACCAGCAGGGCUCUCUGCACUCCGCCAUUUUGGAUCUGCCAGUCUCAGUUGCUGGCAGAGUCAUUGACACCAAAGGCACUUCAGCCACACAGUGCGGCCAUUGUCUGCCCCGCGGCUCCCCACUAGGCCAAACCACUUGGUCUGAACCACUGACUGCCUGGCUGGCUGACUGUACGCAUCACAUGCUCCAGCAUCUGAUAAUAAACAGGAAGUAAUAUGCGGGGCGUAAAUCCACCGUAGGAUUGCAGAUUUAGAAUGUAUUAUGUACUUUGUCAUUUUCAUAACGCUGAAUGGAGUACUGUAGGCUUUUUUUCUCCUGCCUGUGUAAAAAUGCGUGGCAUAGGCUAGGUGUGAUUGCAUCUAUGUAAAUGAGGCAGGGGUGGUGUGAGCACACACAAAUACACACACACACACACACACACACACACACAGUGUCCUUCAACACAUGCAGUCAUUCUUAUUGUUAUAAGACAGUGGAGCUCUAUUCACACUCAUGCUCACAAACACUCACUGUGGCUGUUUUAGAGCCUGGUACAGUGGCUAAAUCAACAUCAGGCAAGGUCACAUCUGAUUACAGUAAGCAUUGAUAAUGAACAUCUUACAGUAUCACAUCUGAGUGUUUGUUUAAGCUAAUAAUGUAUUAACAGAUGCAAGGGCGAAAUGGUAUUUAGUCGUUUUUAAAGUAUAACUUAUGUCAGCAACAUGAGCUUCUUGGUGCCUUAUAAGUGUACUUAUAAGUACUGAUAAUGAAUUUAAUGCUAUACCUUUUGAUAUAAGUUCCAUAUUCUAUGUGCCAAAGGUAUAAAAUGGGUGUCUGUGCAAUGUUGAUUUGUGUACAAAGAGUAAUUGUUGUUGCAUUUAAUCUGAGCUUUACUGAGCUCCAUGAAAUGGAGGAAGGUGGAUCUGUUCGAAGUGCUAUAUUCUAGUUUUACUGGGUCUUGUGCUUGCGGCCAAAAGACAUGAACUACAUCUGAUUAUUCUUAAAGAGGUAAUUUAUAAUCUGACUUCUAGGUUGUUGCUCAAAGGAAGGCAGUUUUCCUAGAAUUCCCCAAAAUGUUUCUUUUUAGUUUCUGGUUGUGAAUAUUUGGAGUUUUAAGAUCACAAUUUGAAUAUUUUUCAGUGAUGUCUUUAAUGCCUGUUGCUAUUGUGAUGCCAAGGGAUUGCUUCAGCUUAAAGUUUAAAGGAAUGAUUCUACAUUGUAGGAAAAAAAACUGUCUUUUCAGGGGUUAAAUAAGAAAAUCGACACCAUUUUUUUUCAAGUCUGUAUGUUAAAUAUGAAGCUACAGCCAGCCACAAGUCAGCUUAGCUUAGCAUAAGGACGGGGGUAAACAGCUAGCCUGGCUCUGUACAAAGCUGAUAGCUCCUCUUGCAAAGAAAGAACUGGUGUAUUUCUGAACACGUGUUUUAACAAUAACUUCCCCUUGCAGAGUUGCAACUUAAAGGAGGUCUUUGUGAUAUUCAGAGCGUAUCUAAGGUUCAGAAGUUGUCUGCAUAUGGCUCUCAACAUGGUGAUGGCUAAGCAGGCAGUUAGCAGCUAGCAAUUCUAGCAAAUUACAGUGCUAAUAGCUAAUGGUGCUAACAGUGUGAACAGUGCUAACAAUGGCAAUUGUUCUGAGAGAGUUACCAGAUGCAACAGCACCAACUGGUAACAAUACACAUAGAGGUAGCAUGACUUCAUUCUCAGCUCAGGACACCAUUACUUCACUCUAUCUUUACGUAGCAAAUAGUAGCUAAUGCUCUGAAUAGGCUAUCACAUGGAGCUCCUUUAAUGUCUACUGCUUUGCCAGAAUCAACCGUGGGUCCAUUAAUAGUAAUCAACUAUUCAUUAAAUUGCUGAGCUUUAUUCAGACUCUCAGAACUCACGAAAAUUAUAGUGAAGAUCCAAUAUAUAUCACGUUAGGGCUGAAUACGUACAGAAUAAUACAUAUAUAGAACUUGUCAUUUUAUAUUUAUGAUGCAGCCAAAACAAAAGUUAUUAAUAUUUCAUAUGAUGAUGUAGUUCAUAUUGCAUGACAGCAAGCACACAUUCAGUAAAACCAAUCAUAGCAUGUGCAUUGCUAUCAAACAAUAUCACGCUUAAGGUACAAUAUAAAACCAUCAGGUAGUGAAAGGCAGCGGCGGCGGCGGGAGGUCAAGCCAGCCGUCUGCAGACGACGGCCGCAGCAGUUUGCUGCCGUUAUCAGAUUUAGCACGUUUCAUAUCUGCAUUCAGAUUCAAAAAUUGCAAAUGGCUAUUGAGCCGUUUCUGAAUCAAUAUGUAAUUUGUUGGCUUGGAGAAGGCCUGUACACUUCGUGGCCUUUAGCUGUUUGGUACAUUGCGUUAUAUUGGAAGCAAUGUAAUGAACACCAUCUUUCAUUUUAACCGCAGUAUAGAUUGUCAUAUGCAGAAAAUCCCUCACUUUUGUCGGCGAGGCAGUAUUAAUGUAUAGAAACUUUCCUCCUGCUCUGUUUUUUUUCUACGACACACUCUGCCUGAUGUUUACAUUUUUUUGGAAGGAAUGUUGAAAAUGCAUGUUAUGCUUACUUGAUAUUUGUACUGUUUUUUUACUUUUCUGUGUUGAAUUAAAACUGGAUGCAAGUUCCAAA